GCAAGCGGGACACGAAUCGAAGUUUAUUGCGGGCUGCGGCGGCUUGAUUUAAAAUGGAAGGGGACCAGAAAUCGUGGAUCAACCACUUAAUUCCCUCUUACUAUAAAAUUCUGUUGGCUUUUUUUUUUUUUUUUUAAUAAUCACUCCUUGCCCCCUCUCCCUUCCCAGCAAACAAGUUCUAGCAGAAGGGCAGGAAAGCGCUAUUUUCUGUUGUAACCUUUGGCAUAGGCUCGGCACCCCCUUCCCUGAUAAAUACCCUGCACCGAGUCUAAUCUGAUUGCUUGGGCAGCAGCUUCUGAUCAUGAAGAAGAAAGCGAAGGCUUGGAGGGGAGGCUUGGAUCCUUGGCUCUGAGCCACGUGUUGUGUGAAGCACCCAAAGCCAGGAGAGAUGUAUUUUCCAUAAAUAACUCUUGCUCACACAUACUGUGCCAUGGGCUUAAGGCCUCUUGAGACAGGGAUGGUUUUGUUUUGAGAUAAUCUCUCUCUGUGUGUGAGUGACACGACCGAUUUCUUUUGGGGAGGGGAAAUGGAAGACUAUACAACUAGAACCUAUGGCACUGGUGGACUGGACAACAGACCUCUCUUUGGAGAAACUUCAGCAAGGGAUCGAAUCAUCAACUUAGGUGUUGGUAUCUUAACAUCCUUGCUGCUUAUAGUCACUCUGAUCAGUGCUUUUAUCUUUCCUCAACUACCUCCAAAACCAGUGAAUAUAUUUUUUGCUUUCUGCAUCUCCUUGUGUAGUGUUUCUGCUGGCAUACUUAUCUACUGGUAUCGACAAGGAGACUUGGAACCUAAGUUUAGGAAUCUAAUUUACUAUAUCUUAUUUUCUAUUGUCAUGUUAUGUAUAUGUGCCAACCUGUACUUCCAUGAAGUGGGUAAAUGAUUGCGAGACUGUUCUUAGCUCCACCCUAGAAACAAAGGGGAUAAUCAACUGGACAAGGAUGAAGAAAUGGGUUGUUCAGGGAUAAUCAGUACAUGAUUUUCAUGUAAAUGUAUAUCUAAAGUCCCUCGUGUUGGGAAGAAUUAUUGCCAUAGGACAUGACACUUUGCUUUUAUUUAAGAGCUAACUUUGCACUUAAUGCACAUUCCAACUCUACUGAUGUUUCAGAAGGGCACAAGCUUUUUCAUUUUGGAAAAAAACUGCAUUUUUUUUAUUAUUGUACAAAUAACUGCAGCAUUGCAAAGAUCUGUAACAGAAUAAAUAAAUGGCAUCUUACAGUUACAUAAGACAAAUACUUUAUUUUUGUUUAAACUGACUAUACAAUUAUUUCUGUUCCCGAGGCAACCUUUUGUUAAAACUACAACUUAAUUCCACAUUAACAAAACCACAGACUGAAAGACCAACUCUGAUUAUGAAGAGCUAAUUACAGAAAUAAAUAAAAUAAUUUAUACAUCA